GGAGAACCAGACAGCGCCGGUAUGAGAGCUUCUGAGAGGCGGCUGUGAGCUGAUCAGGGGAGAGAGAACGGACUCGUUGUUUACGCAGAGGUCGCCAUGUUUUCCCUGUCGGAGCUGGCGCCUCUGAACCAGCACCAGAGCCGGUGUAAACUGCUGAAGCCGUGGUGGGAGGUCUUCAUGGACUAUCUGGUGGUCCUGAUGCUGAUGACAUCUGUCCUGGCCUGUACUGAGCAGCUGUCAAGGGACCGAGUGGUGUGCAUCCCCUUGGAUCCACCGGUCCUUGCAAAUACCAGCAAUCCCAUUCCCUCUUCUAACAGGGAUGCAUUGACUCCGUCUUCAAAGCCAUCAAUGCAUGUUCCUCGCAACAUCAGCCCUCAUGUUCAACCUACAGCGCGGGGUCGACGCACACAUCUGGUCUACCAGCAGUACAUCUACAUUAGCCAGGUGUGCUACCACGAGGCUUUGCCGCUGUGCUCCCGCUUCUUCCCCUACAUAGCCAUGCUGCAGUCCCUGGUGUUGGUGGCCAGCGGCUCCUUCUGGCUUCACUUCCCCCACACCUCCGCCCGAAUAGAGCACUUCCUGGCCAUCUUGGCAAAGUGCUGCGAGUCGCCCUGGACAUCUCAGGCUUUGUCUCACGCCGCCCGACAGGAAAACCUCCAAGAGAAGGAAGUAGUGGAGGAGAGACCGCCACCCCCACCUCCUCUAUCUUCAAACUCAUGUUCAGCACCGGUGGUCCAAACCAGAAGAUCCAGCAUAGACUCGGGAACAGACAGCCCCCUUUUGAAGAGGUUAGACAGUGCGUCCUAUGCCACCCCUCAUUCUCCAUGUCCCUCCGUGCACUCCUGUCACUCCAACAUGUCAUCCUCAUCGCUUGGGUCCAAGGUGAACUUUCCGUCUUCCAAGCCCUCUCUCAUGGUGAACAGUCCCAGGCAAGUGAUCAGCCUGGAUAAAAGUGACGGGGAGCAGACCAGGGCGCUGUUCGAAAGGGUCAGGAAGUUUCGGUCCCACUCUGAGAGCGCAGAUAUCAUCUAUAAGGUCUACUUGGCUCAGACAGUAUUCAAACUGCUGAUGGUGACGGUGAUCUUCAGUUACACCAUCCCUCUCCUCAGCUCGCUGUCCUUCACACACAUCUGUCACCCAGAAGAGGAGGCCUUGGUGGGAUACACCACCUUUGAGUGCAUCCACGUGCUCUCAUCCCUACUAAGGAAACUGCUGCUGGCUUACCUGACCCUGCUGGGGCUCUACGGCCUGCUGAACCUCUACACCCUCAGUUGGAUUUUACACAGCUCUCUACGUCAGUAUUCCUUCCACUCACUGAAGGACGUGUGCUCGCUGAGAGACGUCCCCGACCUGAGGAACGACCUGGCCUUUCUCCUGCACAUGUUGGACCAGUACGACCCCCUGCUGGCCCAGCGUCUGUCGGUGUUUCUGUCGCCCGUCACGGAGAGCCGGCUGCUGGAGGAGAGCUUGGAGAGGCGCUGGGGGGAGGAGAAGCUGCAGUCCAUGAGCAGUGUGGAUGCAGACGGCAGUUCCAGACUGCAGCUGGUGGCUCUUCCUCGCCUCCCUCCAGCCCUCUUCACCCUCAGCCAGCUGCAGGUCCUCAAACUGGAGCUCAUCACAGAGGCCAGGUUUACUGCACAGGUGGCCAACAUGAAAUCACUCAGGGAGCUCCACCUGUACCACUGCACGGCGGCGGUGGAUCCCGGUGCUCUGGGAGUCCUGCAGGAACGUCUGGAGGUCCUGCACCUCACCUUCACCCAGGCUUCGGAGAUCCCCGGCUGGGUCACCUCACUGCGCGGCCUGCAUGAGCUCCACCUCUCCGGACGCCUGAGCAGCGACAAUGGUGUGGGUCGCAGCUGGGCGUUAGGGAGCCUCCGCCAACUACGCCACAUUCGAGUGCUGGUGAUCCGAGGCAUGCUGCAGAGGAUUCCCGGGGAGCUGUGUGAGGUGGCGGGCAGCUUGGUGAGGCUGGAGGUCCACAACGAGGGCACCAGGCUGCUGGUUCUCACAGGGUUGAAGCGGAUGGUGGAUCUAACGGAGCUGCUGCUGCAGGACUGCCGGCUGGAGAGAUUGCCGUCCGCUUUACUAGCCCUCACCAACCUGCGGACUCUGGACCUGCAACACAACAACCUGAGGACUCUGGAGGAGCUUCUCAGUUUGGCUCCUCUGCGCCGCCUCUCCUGCCUCAGACUCGCUUACAACCGAGUCCUGGCGCUGCCUGCUAGCGUCGCCGUGCUGCGAGGCCUGGAGCUCCUGGAUCUCUCCAACAACCAGCUCCAGAGUCUACCUCCAGCCCUCUUCACUCUGCACCGCCUUCGGAAGCUGUUUCUGGCUGGUAACCUGCUGGAGGUGCUCCCUGCUGAGGUGAAAGCGCUGCAGCUGCUCACAGAGCUGGAUCUCAGUGGGAACAGACUGGAGAGCCUCCCCCUUCAGCUCUUCAGCAGCUGUCUGGAGCUGCACAUCCUUAAUGUGGCUCACAACUCUCUUAGCUCACUACCCAGAGGUGUUGCAGCUCUCAGUCGGUUGUGCCGGUUCGAUCUUCGCAGUAACAGUCUGGAAGAUCUGCCCGCUGAGCUGGGCUGCUGCCCUGGGUUGCAUGGAGGGGGUCUGCUGGUGGAGGACUGGCUGUUUCUCUCUCUGCCUCCCCGGGUGAGGGACUUUCUGAGCAGAUCUCGCCCCCCCUCUGGUGCAUACUCUGAGGGUAAUUCACGCCCAGAGUCCGACAGUUUCCCCUACUUCUCUCCUACUCAGUGGAGUUUCUCUUCUGCUCUGGAAUCACAGAUUUAGGUCUCGUAACACCAGUGGGGAAAUGCAAUUUACUCAAGUUUUGUAGAUAAGCACAUUGAAGUACUAGAGUAUUUUUAUGUUCUGUCUCUUUAUACUUUUAUACACUGCAUAUUGAUAGCCAAUAUUUUACCCACUACAUUUACCUGAAAGCUUUAAUUACUGUACAGAUUCAGAUUGUUAGCUAAUACAAAAUAUCUAACAACUAAUAAGAUGGUAAAAAGAGGAACUAAUAAAAAGGUGCAGUCUGGGUCUUUAAAUGUGGCCGCUAGAGAAUAAUAAACAUUAUUAUUUCUUGAUAAUUCCAGUUGAUCAGGUUGUUUGUUACUAUGCCUGUUAAAUCUCUUUAUUACUUUAUUAAAAGUACUCACUGAGUGGUUAAGUGCUAGCAUUGUUACUGCAACUGGAUGCUGGUAUCUAGCUAUGGUUUUACUAUCUCUACACCAACAUAAAUGAUAAUUACUCUUUAUGAACCUAUGCAUUACCAAUACUGAGUUUUCUGCUGUUAUUUGCAAUUAUCACACUUAUAAUUAGAUGUGCAAGUUAGUAUUUCUAACAAUAAUACUGAUAUAAGCCAGACCGAAAUCACAGAAAGACUUGUUUUCCACUACUAUCAAUUAUAUUUGUAUUAAACUUACAAAAUAAUACCACAAGCCAGACCGAAAAAAGUGAACCAA